CUUACGCUUACUCUUACAGCCUAAAAUCAUGAUAAAAUCUGACCCGAUAGAUAAUUUUUACUUCGGUGUAAUUUUUAACGAUUUUCUAGUGCCAGAAGUUUCGUUCUGAAUUUGUCUAAUUUGUGUUAAUGUUGCAUGCAUUUCUGCAGCCACAGAGAACCAUGAGCAGUUCGUGUGUGGCAGACCCUUUGUUUUUGGUUUUCGACACCAGUGCUCUGAUUGCACCACGGAAUUCAAACCACCCAAAAUCGACUUACAAUCAACUUCAGAAGACCGGAUUAGAGCUUCUGCGAUCGUUCGCGUCCGGCACUUACGGAUCUCUUCCGUCAUCGCUGAAAGUGCGCAUUCCAUGGGUGGUCAAGCUGGAAUUGAUGGGUUUAUCGAAUCCUGCUCCUGGCGUAUGGUUCCAUCCGGACUCCCGCUCCUCACAAGCGGAAAACGCAGUUGACUUUCUCGACGAAGUCACUUACAACAACCCCAACGGAGUGGUGACGUACCAGAGCUAUCUUGAGUCUCAGGAAGCUAAGCAGCUGCAGAAGCGACCAAAGGACAACGAUGAACUUGUUCUGCUGUGUUGUCUGCAGACGAGAGAGACAUACUCGCGAAAUGUGUGGUUGGUUACCAAUGAUGUCCGAUUGUCUGCCCGUGCCAUGCGGAGCGGCAUUGGAUCGUUAUCGCUGGCGGCAUUAAGGCAUGCGAUGACGUUGCGGAAUGGGGAUGGCGCUCAAGAUGGAGACACCUUUGUUGAUGAGGUGCCUGAAUCUUGGGCCAAGAUGAACGAAGAACUAUGUGGAUUGCGGAAUGGAACCGUCCUUGUUCACCCCGUCGUUUCUCCUACUCCGGUUUCCGCAGAUAGACCGAAUCGACAGUUGCCUGGAGGAGUAGCUCCCUUCACCUUUUUGUGUGCGCAAAUGAGGCGAGCGCCCAGCAUGAUGGAGUGGAUUCUGCGGAAAUGCUUGGAAAUUAUCUUGAAGAUGUAAAAGACUACACGAGCUCCCAAAGAUCCUACCCUAUGAUGUCCCUUUCGAAACUGCAUCAGGUGAAGAGAUCUGUUAAUUUUUGCUUUGCGGUAAGACAGGCAGAGCCGCAUGUCGGCUGAAGGUCACAAAAUUCUGUCCUUUACAAAUUACCAUUGUCCAUCUUUUAGGUGUUACAUUUGCUGUAACUACUGUUAAUUUUGUACUUAAAUAAUCGGCAGUGCCGAAAUGAUGCAGCACAACGAUGUGCUUUUUGCGAAUACGGUUCAAUUUUUUACGUUUGCUGUAUAAUUUUUACGUUUGCUGCAUAAUUAUGGCGUGGUGACAAGUGGACCUUACUGUGUUAAGCAGUAAACUCUCAAUCUGUUGCGGCAUCAUUACGCGCCAACUAAGAGUAGGAUCAGGUGCCAUAUUACGGAAAAUAUCGAAGUACUGAUUUCUAAUAAGUCGAACCUCUAAGGUGCCAAAGAACAAAACAACAGCGAUUACAAAAUAAGAAAGCUCAUUUCAAGUUAGCAUGCUCAGGACUUCUUCCACU